UAUAUGUAUGUCUCAGUUUGCGUGGGGGAGACGGACAUCCAUUUUUUCUCCACACUGUCAUCGCUCUUACAUCGUCAAUUUAUUUUCAUAAUUUUUUUAUUGUUUUAUUUGAAAAAUCAAAUACAGUUAAUGAAGCGUCUCUUCUCCAAACCCUCUUCUCUGUUGCAUCUUCAAUAAAUAGUUGAAGUCACUGGUGUUUCUGUUCAUAGAUUCAAAGACAUGGGACGAGCGAAAGUACACAUGGAACCCAUAAACAACAACAAGAAGCGCAAAGUCACAUUCCACAGACGUAAAAACUGCCUAAUCAAGAAGGCUCUUGAACUCACAACCCUCUGCGAUGUCAAAGUCUCCAUGAUCAUCCGCACCGAUCAACAAGAACCAGAAAUCUUCCCUCCUGAUCCCCAUAAAGUCAAUGGUUUGAUUGAUCUUUACAAACGGCAGAAAAGUAUGGAUCCUGGGAAGAUUCGAUAUUUUAGUUUAUCAGACUUUUUCAACGGGAGAAAGAUAAAGAUUGAACAAGAACUUGCUAAUGAAAAAAAGAAGAACAUGGAAGCAAAGUACCCGACAUGGUUUGAGUUCUUGAACAAUUCCUCCGAAGUGCAGUUAAGGGAAUUCGCUAAUGGGUUGGAAGGCAAAAUCGAUGUUGUUAAAAGAAAGAUUGAGUGUCUCAAGGUUGACAGCAAGAUAAAGAAUCUUGAUCAUCACGUUAUCUACCCUGGAACCCUUCUUGAUGUUCAUAGUUCUUUCGUUACACCAUCAAUAAACCCUAGCCCUUUGCCAAUGAAGAUGCCAAUGAACUAUAGCCAUCCUGUCUUUGAUCCUUCACAUCUGUUUACUGAUCACAAUAACAUUAACAACUUUAAUACGCAACCAACAAAUCCCAACUCAGAAAUAAUGAAGUUGCUUAUGAAAGAGAAUGAUGACUGCUACGAUAAUAAGAAUUUCGGCCUCCAACCUAAAUUACCAACGAUGAUCCCAAUGAAUUACAACGUUCCUGUAUUUGCUGAUCUAAAUAGUUUCAACAUGCAAUCAGAAAACCCUAAUUUAGAAACAUUGAAGUUGGUGACCAGGGAGAACGAUGACUGCUAUGAUUAUGAAAAUUUGAGCGUUACGCAAACAUCAACGUUUUGUCUUCCAUUUGAGAUACCUGAAUUGCCGCCAUUCAUGCACAUGAAUCCAGUCUCAACAUCUGAGUCUUCUUCCCAAAUUACGGAGUACAACGCAGGAGCAGAUGGUAAUCAUUAUCAUUACACGAUUUAAGUGAUUCUUUAAUUUUAAUGUUAACAUUUGUGGUGGAUAAUCUUAACAUAGGUUGUUAUGUAUUUUUGAUCAUGUCUCGUUCACGAACA